UCCGCAGGAACGUCUCGGAGCGCGCGCGGGAGCGAGCUUUGAAAGUUGAGUACGGCUGUAGCAAGCUGGUGCCUCCGGUAUCAUGGUGGCGCUGCGGGACCUUGGGAGCGGCCUGCAACCCUGGUGCCCGCUGGACCUCAACCCCGGUCCUACUAGAUGUCUCGAAUGCAGCAGACAUCAUCACAAGAAUGGAGCGAGCUAGUGGCAUCAGCCAGGCCACAAACCCCGGUGUCCUGUCCUUCGUGCUUACCCCCUCAUGCCCAACCCCACAGGUUGUCCUGCCUCCCAGAACCAAGCCUGUCCGUACUCCACCCGGGCCGUUGCAGAAGUAUCUUAGCUGCUUUUGCAUGCUAACUUCCUAUCAAGAACCAAGUGUUAGAAAUGAUGUGACUAAAGAAUGGGUGGACACAGUGUGGGAAUUGGACUUCACAGAGACUGAGCCUUUGGAUUCCAGCAUAGAAGCACAGAUCAUAGAGACUGGAUUGAGUGCCUUCACAAAACUCUAUGAAAGUCUUUUCCCCUUUGCUAUUGAAGAAUGUGGAUCUUCAGAGAACGUUUGGACCUUUUUCAUUGAGAACAGUAUUUCUUAUAGUACGCUGGUGGCAUUAUUCUAUCACUUUGUUCAAGUAGUCCAUAAAAAAAAUGUCAGUGUGAAGUAUCGAGAAUAUGGUCUUCAUGCUGCUGGACUUUAUUUUUUGCUUCUAGAAAUACCAGGCAGUGUAGCCAAUCAAGUGUUCCACCCAGUGAUGUUUGACAAGUGCAUACAGAUUCUAAAGAAGAGCUGGCCUCAGGAAUCUAAAUUGAAUAGGAAAAGAAAGAAAGAACAGCCUAGGAGCUCUCAGGUUAAUUCAAGGGGCAACAGAAAGAGAGGAAAGCCGCCCAGGAAAGAGGAUUCUGAGAUGGUUGAAAUUAUAGAAGAAGAAGAAGGUGAUGAAGAGAAUAUUUAUUUUUCUGCCCGAGAUCUUUCUCAAAUCCGAAAUGCUGUCUUUGACCUUUUGAAGAAUUUUUUAAGGCUUCUGCCCAGAUUUUCCCUCAAAGAAAAGCCACAGUGUGUUCAGACUUGUAUUGAGGUCUUUGUUGCAUUAACUAGUUUCGAGCCAGUUCUUCAUGAAUUUCAUGUUACACAAGCCAGAAACCUUACCCAAGCAAAAUACAUACCAGAACUCGCCUACCAUGGAUUAUAUUUGCUGUGUUCCCCAGUUCAUGGAGAAGGAGAUAAGGUUAUUGGUUGUAUUUUCCAUCAAAUGCUAAAUGUAAUAUUGAUGUUAGAAGUGGGUGAAGGAUCCCUUCACACCCCUCUUACUAUUACUUCACAAGUCAUCAGUCGUAAAAACCAGGCAGUCCAGUUUAUCAGCUCACUCGUGGAUGAACUAAAAGAGAAUAUAUUUCCAGUUCUUCGUAUUCUACUGCAGCACAUCUGCGCCAAGGUGACAGAUAAAUCAGAGUAUCGGACCUCUGCAGCUCAGUCCCUUGUGCACCUGCUGAGUAAACUUCCUUGUGGGGAAUAUGCUACAUUCAUCUCCUGGCUUUACAAAUACUCACGAAGUUCUAAGAUUGCCCACCGGGUUUUUACUCUUGAUGUUGUCUUAGCUCUCUUAGAGCUGCCUGAAAGAGUGGUGGAUGGCACCCUUUCCUUGGAGCACCAGAAGUUCCUAAGGCACAAAUUCUUGGUGCAGGAGAUUAUGUUUGACCGUUGUUUGGACAAGGCACCUACUGUGCGCAGCAAGGCGCUGUCCAGCUUUGCACAUUGUCUGGAGCUAUCUGUUCACAACACAUCAGAGAGUAUCUUGGAGCUGCUCAUUAACAGUCCUACAGUUUCAGAUACAGGGAUUCAUCCUGGUACCUUAUUAAGAAAUUCAUCAGCAUUUUCCUGUCAAAGGCAGACAUUUAACCCUUCUGAACCAGCAGGGGAGAUUAACACAGACAGCAGUGGCCACAUAGUUGGAUCUAGAGAUAGAUGCGUCCUGGCAAUGCUAAGAAAGAGAAUCAGGGACGAGAAGACCAACGUCAGGAAGUCUGCACUCCAGGUGUUAGUGAGUAUCUUGAAACACUGUGACAUCUUGGGUAUGGAGGAAGACCUAACAAUUCUGCAGGACCAUUGUCGGGACCCUGCUGUAUCUGUCCGGAAGCAGGCUCUACAAUCUCUCACUGAACUUCUUAUGGCCCAGCCCAGAUGUGUGCUGAUUCAGAAGGCCUGGCUGUCGGGGGUCAUCCCCGUGGUGAUGGACUGCGAGAGCACAGUGCAGGAGAAGGCGCUAGAGUACUUGGACCAGCUGUUGCUGCAGAACAUCAAGCAUCACAGUAAAUUUCAUAUAGAGGAUGACAGCCAGGUGCUUGCCUGGUCUCUCCUCGCCCUCCUCACUACAGAAGGCCAGGAACUGAGCCGCUAUUUAAAUAAGGCUUUUCAUAUCUGGUCCAAGAAAGAUAAAUUCUCAUCCACUUUUAUAAACAAUAUGCUAUCUCACACUGGCACAGAACAUUCUGCACCCGCCUGGAUGCUGCUCUCCAAGAUUGCUGGCUCCUCACCCAAGCUGGACUACACCAAAAUCAUGUGGUCCUGGGAGAAAAUCAGCAGUCAGCAGAAUCCCAAUUCAAACACCUUAGGACAUAUACUGUGUGUUAUUGGGCAUAUUGCAAAGCAUCUUCCUGAGAGCACUCGGGACAGGGUGACAGAUGUUAUCAAGUAUAAGCUGAAUGGAUUUCAGUGGUCUCUAGAGUUGAUCACUUCAGCUGUUGAUACUUUGCAAAGUCUUUGUAGAGCAUCCGCAAAGACAGCGAUGGAAGAACAGGAACUGCUAAAGCAGGUAUGUGGGGAUGUGCUAUCCACCUGCCAGCACCACCUCUCCAAUAUCAUUCUGAAGGAGGAUGGGGCAGGGAAUAUGGAUGAAGACCUGUUGGUUAAGUACAUUUUUACCCUGGGAGAUGUUGCACAGCUUUGUCCAGCCAGAGUGGAGAAGCAAGUCUUCCUUCUGAUUCAGUCCAUUCUGGCUUCUUCUGCUGACGCAGAUCACUUGCUGCCGUCUCAAGGUUCUGGAGAAGCCCCAACCACUCAGCUGCCCUCCAAGGUCAGAAGUUUUGUCAUGCCUUCUGUGAUUAGAGCGCAUGCCAUUAUCACCUUAGGUAAGCUGUCUUUACAGCAUGAGGACCUUGCAAAGAAGAGCAUCCCAGCCCUGGUGCGAGAGCUUGAGCUGUGUGAGGACGUGGCUGUCCGCAACAAUGUCAUCAUUGUGCUGUGCGAUCUCUGUAUCCGGUACACGGUCAUGGUGGACAAGUACAUUCCCCAUAUCUCCAUGUGCCUGAAGGACCCAGAUCCCUUCAUCCGGAAGCAGACACUCAUCUUGCUUACCAACCUUUUGCAAGAAGAAUUUGUGAAAUGGAAGGGCUCUCUGUUCUUUCGAUUUGUCAGCACGCUGAUAGAUUCACACCCAGAUAUUGCCAGCUUCGGGGAGUUUUGUCUGGCUCACCUGUUACUGAAGCGGAACCCCGUCAUGUUCUUCCAGCACUUCAUCGAGUGCAUUUUCCACUUCAACAGCUACGAGAAGCACGAGAAGUACAACAAGUUCCCCCAGUCAGAGAGAGAGAAGCAGCUGUUUUCACUGAAGGGAAAGACAAAUAAGGAGAGCCGAAUGAAAAUCUACAAGUUUCUUCUGGAGCACUUCACAGAUGAGCAACGGUUCAAUAUCACUUCGAAAAUCUGCCUUAGCAUUUUGGCCUGCUUCGCUGAUGGCAUCCUACCUCUUGACAUGGAAGCCAGUGAGUUACUGUCAGAUACCUUUGAGGUCCUCAGCUCCAAAGAGAUCAAGCUUUUGGCGAUGAGAGCUAAGCCGGAUAAGGACAUCCUCCUCCUGGAGGAGGACAACGUGGCCUUGGCCAACAUUGUCAUGCAGGAAGCACAGAAGCAGCUCAUCUCUCAGGUCCAGAAGAAGAAUUUCAUAGAAAAUAUUAUUCCAAUUAUCAUUUCCCUGAAGACUAUACUGGAGAAAAAUAAGAUCCCAGCAUUGCGGGAACUCAUGUACUAUCUCAGGGAGGUGAUGCAGGAUUACCGAGAUGAAGUCAAGGAAUUCUUUGCAGUUGACAAACAGUUGGCCUCAGAACUCGAGUAUGACAUGAAGAAGUACAGUGAACAGCUGGCCCAGGAGCGAGAGCUGGCCAAACAUGCAGAAGCACGCAGGGCGGCUGACAGUGACACGGGAGCGCAAGCCAUGCAGGUCAUCCCAGGCUUAGAAGUAAUGCCAGCUCCUGUCAGCCAAAAACCUGCAACUGUGUCUCCGGCCACAAGCCAGCCUUCAGCACCCGAGUCCAGCACUGGCCACAUGCUGGAAACUGGGCCUCCGAAGAUGUUAAUGCCAGGGGCCAGGCCCAUGUCCCUGAGUACCAUUGCAAUCCUGAAUUCUGUCAAGAAAGCUGUGGAGUCCAAGAGUAGGCACCGCAGCCGAAGUGUGGGAGUAUUGCCUUUCUCUUUAAGUUCUGGAAGCCCAGGGAAACCAACCAGCAAUGCAUCUCCCUACAACUUAGAGCGAGAGACUGAUGGAUCCAUGGACUGGAUAACCAAAAGAGCCAUCAGCACUCCUGAGAGGUCCAUCAGUGAAGUCACGUUUGGAGCCGGGGUCAGUUACAUAGAGACAUCACAGACUCCUCUUCCAGCCAAAGACAAAAUCGAAGCCCAGAAUCAAGGAAAUGACAUUUUAUGUUUAUCACUGCCUGAUAAACCGCCUGCACAGCCUCAGCAGUGGAACGUGAUGUCCCCAGCCAGGAAUAAAGGCAACCCAGUCCCCAGCAGGAGGUCCAUCCGCAAGGCCCCCCUGAAAACAGCCAACUGAAGCUGCACUCCACUGAUGCCCAGGAAGGCGGGGCCCUGGAGGGAAGGUCUUGUUUGCUUUGUGGGAACAGGCAGGGGACAUGCGCCUCUUCUGGGUGCUGCUCACUGUGUGAUACCAAAGCUUCUCUGUGAGGUCCCAGCACUCUCUGCUCACCUGUGGCUGGCCAGCCAACCUUUUAUCUUUCUUUUUGCAAAACUUGGAGUUAAAACAUUGUAAAGUAACAGAGAAAUGCCAGAUUAAUAUUAACACGUCAUCCCAUUUAAGUGUCAAGUCCCAUUCUGAUAAGCUACAAAUCUGGUCUUUAAGGAACACAAAAUACUCCAACUUUCUUUUAUAUAAAUCAAGCUUCUAUUAUUAGCUUGUCUAAAUUCCUUAUAGUAUUUUCCCAUAUCUAAUGACAAAAUUUUGACUGUAAUAUUUUUUCUAUUUAUAAUUUCAGAUUUUCAAAAUAUUGUACAGCUUUCUAAAAUUAAUAAAGGCCAAGCAUAAAUACAGGCUUCUAGCAUUCAAUAGGAUUUUUUUGUUUUUUAGAACAAAACUUUUAUUGUGGGCUUCGUAAUUUUACAUAAAGUAUUUAAGAGUGAAACUAAAUCUCCCAUUAGGAAAAAGAUGAUUCCGGUUGUCCCUAAGGCCUGGGUCAUCUAUCUGCUGCCUGCCUUUGUUCCCACAUGGAAGCUGUCUGCCCCUGACAACAGACACCCUAUUGGUAUAGAUUACCUUCACAGGCUGUGCGGGGCCUCGCUGCAGUAGUAACGGAGAUUAAACUGAGCCUUUCAGCAUGCAUUUACAGGAAGUUUAACUAAAAGGAGAAAAUAUCUGACAAAGAUCAAGCCAGUUCCCUAACAAAGGAGGAAAAAGGAAAAGGGCUUCAGUUUGAGAAACUGGAGGGGCCACAUGCUGGGGAGGCGGAUCAGACCGGCCAGUUCACUAAAGAACGGGGACCAAUUUUGCAGGUGCUGUGGGGCUCGGGGCUGGGGCUGGUUAAUUGCAUGAUCCCUGCUUGUGAAACACAGCUUCAUGCCCUUAGGCAGAAUGGCAGUGAUAUCAGUCCACAGGUCCUCUGCCAAGUACUGCGCCGCUGUGGGGAGGCUUCAUCUCUGCCACCACCGUCAGGAGAACCCAGCUGCCUCUGAACUGCACCCAUGAGGAAAUGCAGUUGGGUUUUUGGGGGUUUUUUUAGAGCAAGAUCUUGCUGCACCACCCAGGCUGGCCCUGACUCUUCCCUCAGGUAAUCCUCCAGCCUUGGAGUCCUGGGCAGCUGGGGCUGCAGGCUCACACCACCAGGCCUGCCUGGUUUUGUUUUGUUUUUUCCUUUUUUAAACCAUUAUUACAGAAGCAAGAGUACAAAGUUAACUGGUGUUUUUUCUUCUUUUAAAGUUAUUGAAAAUUUUGUUAUAGGUCCCUAUUAAUUUUAUAAAAUAACUGGUUUCAAUGAGGGAUAUACUUUUUGCUUGGUUUUUAUGAGUUUCAUGUAGUCCAGGUUAGCCUUAAACCUGCUGUGCAACCCAGGCUAGCUUCAAACUGUCCUCUUCCCUCAGCUUCGUAUGUGCUGGAAUUGUAGGUGUGCACCGCUCCUGGCUCGGUGUGGUAUUUUACCCAUGUAUAUAACAUGAAGUAUGACUGAAAAAUAUCGUGACUAUUUAAUUUUUUAAUUUUAAAAAGUCAUUUAAAAGA